UGUUGACGUGUGACUAACAGAGAGAGGCGUCUUCUCAGCUAGCUAACACGCUGUGAAAGGGAAGUAUCCAGGAAAGCUCUGACAGCCGACUCACUCUACCGACACUUCAAGUUGGAAAAAUGGCGGCCGACUGGGAGGAAAUUCGCCGGCUCGCCGCAGACUUCCAGAGAGCUCAGUUUGCGGACACGGUGCAAAGGCUGUCCGAGAGGAACUGUAUUGAGAUCAUCACAAAACUGGUUCAGGACAAGAAGCUGGAUGUGGUGCACACGCUCGAUGGAAAAGAGUAUAUCACCCCAGCACAGAUCAGCAGAGAGAUCCGAGAUGAGCUGUACGUGCAUGGAGGGCGAGUCAACAUUGUCGACCUCCAGCAGAUUCUCAAUGUGGACUGGGUCCACGUUGAAAACAGAGCGAGUGACAUCGUGAAGUCUGAUAGAGAUGUUCAGCUCGUACUGGGACAACUCAUUGAUGACUCGUACCUGAACCGUUUAGCUGAGGAGGUUAACGACAAACUGCAGGAGGCUGGUCUGAUCAGUAUUGCAGAACUUUGCAAAAGUUAUGACCUCCCCGGAGAUUUCUUAUCGGAGGAGUUGACAAAGCGUCUUGGGAAGCUUAUCCAAGGAGAAAUGGACGAGUACAACAAGGGAGUCAUAUUCACUCCAGCUUUUGUUGCUCGACACAAAGCCAGAAUACGAGGGCUCUUCAGCGCCAUCACAAGGCCGACACCUGUGAGCAGUAUGAUCGCAGCUUUUGGAUUUCAGGAACAUCUUCUGUACACUGUCCUGGAGGAGUUGGUGAAUACUGGACGUCUGAAAGGAAGCGUGGUUGGAGGGCGACAGGACAAAGCUGUGUACAUCCCCGAUAUUUACUCCACAACGCAGAAUUCCUGGGUGGACUCCUUCCUCCAGCAGAAUGGAUAUUUAGAGUUCGACGCGUUGAUCAGGCUUGGGAUCCCCGACCCCCCCAGCUACAUCAGAAAACGGUUCAAGUCCAACAAGCUGCUGUUCCUCAGGGCCGCCUGUGUGGGUCAGACUCUGGUGGACCAGGUGGAGGCCUCUGUGGAGGAAGCUGUCAGCUCUGCCACGUGGACUGACAUACAGCCGAUUCUGCCCAGCUGUCUGUCGAUGGAGGACAUUGGGAUCCUGAUCAACCAGGCUAUGAGAAAUACUGAUGUCCAGUCUUCUGCCAGAGUACUGGGAGGCACGGUGGUCGUCAGUGAGAAAUUCAUCAGCAACUGCCUGUCGUUGUUUGACGAUGCCAUGCAGCAGAAAGCUCAGAAGGAAGUCAAAAACAACCCUGUGUUUCUGAUAACUGAGGAUGAUCUGAAGCAAUCGUCUGUGACAGAGAACUCGGCACCGUCUAAAAAGGAAAAGAGAGAAGCUGAACGCAAGAAGAAGGCGACAGAGGGCAGUAGCAGUGUGAAAUCAAGCGGAGGAGGCAACGCCAGGGAAAUCCGUAUUCGUAAAACCAAGAAGAAAGGCAGGAGAGACGAGGACAGUGAUGAGGAAACCGGACCUUCACAGCAAAAUCGGAGCAGACAGACUGAAGCCCCCUUUAUGGCCCUGGAGGAGAUCGUGGCUGUUUUAGAGCAGAGAGUGAGUGACUGCCCUGAAGAAAUCCUCUCUGAGCUGGCAGGGAAUUUAGUGAGGCCUCUCAUGAAAGCCUAUCAGGAGGUGCUGCGAGCAGUGUUCAUGUCCUCCACCAGCUCUCAUUCAGGGGCCAACAAGAAGAAGAGCAUGAAGGAUCUGCAGGAGGAGAUCACCAACCUGUACAACAACAUCCGACUCUUUGAAAAGGGCACCAAGUUCUUUUCUGAUGACACACAGGUCAACAUUGCAAAGCACGUCCUGAAGACUGUGUGCACAGACGUCACCAACAUCCUGGUGAACUUCCUGGCUGCUGACCUGAUGAUGUCUGUGGAGAACCCAAGCUCCAUCACCAACGAGGUCAGAGUGAAGAUUCUGGGCAAACUGUCAGAGGACACUAAAGGACCUCUCAUGAAGCUGCACAACUCUCUGAUUGGCAAAACGAUUGAAGACUUUCUGACCAACAUAGAGACUUCUGCUGAAGUGUGUGGAUUCAUGCUGAAGAAAGGAGACAAGAAAAAGGAGAGACAGGCACUGUUCCUGCACCGUCAGGCCCUCACCGAGCAGCUCAAGGAAACAGAGGACCCGGCUCUGGUCCUCCAUCUGACCAGCGUGCUGCUGUUUCAGGCCAGCACCCACUGCAUGCUGCACGCUCCGGGACGCUGCGUGCCUCAGAUCAUCGGAGCUCUCACAGGACGAAUACCCACAGAACAGCAGCAGCUGCUGUCGGCCUACCAGAGCCUUGUGGUGAAGCAGCUGGUGAGCCAGAGUCAGGGAAGGAAACAGGAGGAGGCAGAGGGCAAGGCCGACAAGGUGGAGGAGCAGGAGGAGGAGGCCCGGAGCGUCCGCUCCGAGCUUAUGACCCUGGCACCUCAAGUGAAGGAGCUGGUGCUGUCCCAGAGGAAAACAUCUGUCAACGAGGACUGAACAUUAAAAAGAGGAGAAGAGUGAUUGUUCCAUGAUGAAGUUUUUAUGGUCUUAAAUGUUCAGAUAAAUACUUGCAGGACUACUACGUUUACUACGUUACUACGUAUUUUUGUGAUUUAUCUAUGUGGACAUAAUUCCUGUGUGGGAAGUCUCAUUGUAAAACCCAAUUAACAUGAAAAUCCUCAAUGAGGUUCUGAUUUUCAUGCAUUCAUUAAAAGCUCAGCUCUUC